GCAUUUUUUAAGAAGAUGUGUAUAAUUUUUUUGUGGAGACAAGAAGAUAACAGAGAGUUAUUGUGUAAUUACAAGUUUAUAUUGGCAGCUAAUCGCGACGAAUGGCUUUACAGACCUACUAAACCGGCUCAUUUCUGGACGGAAGAACCAAAUGUAAUCGGAGGACUGGACCAAUUAGUUGGAUAUGAAGGAGGGACUUGGCUUGGUAUGACAAAAACUGGUAAAUUUGGAUGUCUCACUAACAUUCAUAAUAACAAUACCAUAACAACUGCUAAAGGAUAUGCUAGAGGAAUGCUUGUGUCUACUUAUUUGAAAAGUAAAGUUGACACCAAUACAUACGUAAACUCCAUCCAAGAUGUCAAAUUUAAAUAUAAGCCGUUUAAUUUAAUUCUUGGAAACAUUCUUGGAGAUAUGAUGUACUUAAACAAUGUCAAUCAGCAAGCACCUGUUGUUUUAAAGCCAGGUUACAAUUGCAUUGGUAAUUCAGUUAUGGGUUACCAAAACUUAAAAGAAACGAAAGGAAAACAAAACUUUGAAACCGCUAUCAAAAAGUCGACAUCUAAAGAAACGCUGAUGGAAAAUUUGCUUGCAUGUUUGGAUGAUAGCCCAAGACAUAUUCCAGAAGCUUCCAUCAAAGAAUGUAAUCAAGAAAAUGAAUACCUAAGCUCUGUGUUUAUGCCUGAAACGUUUAUACCUGAAUUUGGCAUAUGUGGAACUCGGACUAAUACAAUCAUUCUUGUUGAUAAAUAUAACCACGUGACGUUUUUUGAAAGAACAAUGACUAACCCGCAACAGCGUAACAAUGGGUGGCACACUAGUAUCUAUGAAUUUGAAAUAGCAGCAUUGCACACAUGCAUUUUUUGAAUUAAAUGCAAAGUUUUUAAAGAUGGUGAAAAUGAUAUUCAAUUAAAAUUUUUUAAUGAAAAUUUUUGUCUAAUUUCAAUUUUUGGAACAAAUAUUUCAAGGUGAUGAAAAUGAUAUCAAAUUUUUUUAACGAAAUUUUACAUUUCUUGUGUAACCAGAAUUUUUUUAAAGAAAUUCUAAAAAUAUAAGAGUAAUUUUUGUUCAUUUUUUAGAUUCUUUUCUUAAUAUAAAGACAAAUUUUGCCAUAUGUAACCCUUUUUGUUUUUAAAAUAUCUUUUUCUCAAUAUUGUUAUGCACGAGGUGGCAUUUACAAUUAGGUUUAAGGAUAAAAUGGCUAUCGUAUCGAUUCAAAAGGUUUUUAACUUAACUAUGUAAAUAUGUUUUUUAUAACUAAAUGAUGAAGAAUUUUGAAUUUUACAUUCAUAAAAAUUUUAAAAAUGCACAAAAUCUUUCAAUGAAUAAAAAUGGCGAAAUAGUCGGAAAUAGUUCAUAUCUAAUUUUGUCAAAUCGGCUAGAUUAUUGGCGAUACUGGCAAAACUGAUACAAAAAUUAAAUUUUUUAUAAUUUUUAUUUUAUUAACAUUUGCUUAAUCUUAUAACAUAAGUCCAGCUCAAAACAAUUCAAAACAUCAUUUUCACCAUCUUUAAAAACUUUGCAUUUAAUUCAAAAAAUGCAUGUGUGCAAUGCUUCUACUAUAAAAUAUGUCAAGAUUUUGUCCUUUUAACAAUGUUAUUAUUUAUUGGCUUUAACCUAUUAUUUAACAUUAUUUAUUUCCAUGCUUAUUUUUCUAAUUACUGACAUCUAUAUUAUAAUGCCCGUAUACGUCUGUCCGUCCGUCCGUCUGUCUGUCACGCAAAAUGGUAGCUUUGCUGCAACGGGCGAACCCGUGGAGUUUUCUACGGGCUAACGACUAGUUUAUAUAUAUUUUAAUUGUAUAUUACUCAUAAUGCAGCACAAGUUAACAAUAGAUUAGUAUUUAAUUCCGCAUCCGGGA